AUCUGUCUCUGCUGUCCUCUCUCAAUUCUGCACAUUCAAACUACAGAAGAGAAGAUCAUCUAUUUGCAUUCAAAAAAGCAUUUGUUUCUUAUGGCUGUUGGUCAGAGUUAGUCACUGCAAGUGCAUACACGUUUCUCUUGACAAAGUGUAGAGUUAAUGUUGCAAAAGGUUAGUCUUGUGAGAGAAACAAAAUAACAGGGCAUGUACCGACAAGAUAAGAGUGCGGGCAGAGAAUGCUACCUGCAAAAUAUUGACGUUCUGAUUGGCAGAUAACAACGUCACUCAUUUUGAAGUCCUGUUCGCAGCCAGGAAAGCACUUAGCACAAGUUUUGGUACUCAGCCUAGUGAGCCUUCUACCUGGCCAAGGUCUUGUCCGCGGUCCCUAGCCUACAAAAAACACCGCAGGUGACCGGAGAGGUCGUAACUGUUACUGAUCGAUGAUGGCCUCGCAGAAAGGGACGUUUGCUGGCGUUUUGCUUUGUCUCGUCGUGUCCAUGACUGUAGCUUUAGAGGUGUCCAUCCCUCAGCAGUCCUAUGAGUUCGCCAGGGGAGACAACAUCACUAUACCAUGCAGCUUCAAACCCAAGAACCCAAUCAACAAUCUGGUCGUCAUAUCCUGGUUGGCUGAAGCAGACAAACCCGGAGAGCCAGAGGUGUCCGUCCUUACCUCCUACUCUACUGGUGACCUGGACAUCAGUGACAGGUAUGAAGGAAGAGCUUCCCUGGAGCAGGACAUAGCUAAAGGAGUAGCCAACCUGAAGCUCUCCUCCAUCGGUCUCCAGGACAACCGACUAUUCGAGUGUCGGGUCGCCAUCCCCAAGGAUGACAAGGGUCAGCUGGCUGACACCACCCGUCUGGUGGUCCUGGUGGCUCCCUCUGUGCCUGUCUGUAAGGUCGAUGGGAAGGCAGAGUACUUCCAGAACAUCAGUCUCACCUGUCAGUCUGAAGAGGGCUCUCCUCUUCCUACCUACAAGUGGCAGGGCUACGACGUCAGAAACAUGCCCCGAGCACCUGCACCCAGGACAACAGACAAGGAUGGUGUCCUGUCUCUCUUCAACCUCACCAUGGAAUCCUCAGGAUACUACGUCUGUACCUCCACUAAUAAGAUCCGCAGUGCCAAAUGCAACCUGACGCUGUCCGUCAUGCCACCGUCUAUGGCCCUGGGUUCAACAGCGGGUAUCAUUGGCGGCGUUGUGGUUGGUGUUCUGGUGCUGCUCAUCAUCCUCAUCUACUGCUGCUGCUGCAGGAAGAAGAAGGACAAAGCAGAGGAGUACGCUAUGGGGGUUCCAGAGGGGGAGGAGUUCCACGACGACAAACCCGUGGUGAACGGCGAGGUUCGCCAGACGCGCAGCAAGGAAGGCGACGAUGAAGACCACCCACCCAAGAUCGUGGACCGCCGCGACCAGUACAAGGAACGCAGCGAGAAGGACUACGAUGACCGCCGCAGCGACUACGAUGACCGCCUACCCAAGAUCGUGGACCGUCGCGACCAGUACAAGGAACGCAGUGAGAAGGACUACGAUGACCGCCGCAGCGACUACGAUGACCGCCGCAGCGACUACGAUGACCGCCGCAGCGACUACGAUGACCGCCGCGAGCGCCACGAUGACCGCAGGGACCAGGACGACCGCUACUCUGACCGCCGUGACCGGUACGACCGCGAUCGUGUUUACGAUGAACGCAGUGACGGCGGACGGUACAGUGAUCGUUAUGAUGAGCCCUACGAUGAUCGGGACAGACCUCCCAGUGUACCGGCCAAUAAACCUACUAAGCCUUUGUUACUGUAAUUUAAUUAUGCCAUUAUUUUUUUCCCAUCGUAUGAACUCAUAUUGUUAAUCAGAUAUAAUAAAACAGAGUAUAAGUUUACUUAGUUACAGUUCCAUUUAAAAUCAUUUGUUCAGUCAUUUAAUCAUAAUUUUACCAACAGCCUUCUAAAAAUAGAAUAGAUUAGAGCCACUUAAUGUUUCCCACAACUUGUUUUUGGUUGAAAAUAUAAUGAAUAUUAUAAACAUAGUAGCUGCUGUAGGUCAGACUUCACAAAGGGCCUAGCUGUCAGGCUGAACUCGGUCACAUCAAUAACAGGACGACAGUAACACAACGAAGUAAAGCCUGUAGGUCAGACUUCACAAAGGGCCUAGCUGUCAGGCUGAACUCGGUCACAUCAAUAACAGGACGACAGUAACACAACGAAGUAAAGCCUGUAGGUCAGACUUCACAAAGGGCCUAGCUGCCAGGCUGAACUCGGUCACAUCAAUAACAGGACGACAGUAACACAACGAAGUAAAGCCUGUAGGUCAGGGAUCACAAAGGGCCUAGCUGCUAGGCUGAACUCGGUCACAUCAAUAACAGGACGACAGUAACACAACGAAGUAAAGCCUGUAGGUCAGGGAUCACAAAGGGCCUAGCUGCCAGGCUGAACUCGGUCACAUCAAUAACAGGACGACAGUAACACAACGAAGUAAAGCCUGUAGGUCAGGGAUCACAAAGGGCCUAGCUGCCAGGCUGAACUCGGUCACAUCAAUAACAGGACGACAGUAACACAACGAAGUAAAGCCUGUAGGUCAGACUUCACAAAGGGCCUAGCUGCCAGGCUGAACUCGGUCACAUCAAUAACAGGACGACAGUAACACAACGAAGUAAAGCCUGUAGGUCAGGGAUCAUCAAAGGGCCUAGCUGCCAGGCUGAACUCGGUCACAUCAAUAACAGGACGACAGUAACACAACGAAGUAAAGCCUGUAGGUCAGGGAUCAUCAAAGGGCCUAGCUGCCAGGCUGAACUCGGUCACAUCAAUAACAGGACGACAGUAACACAACGAAGUAAAGCCUGUAGGUCAGACUUCACAAAGGGCCUAGCUGCCAGGCUGAACUCGGUCACAUCAAUAACAGGACGACAGUAACACAACGAAGUAAAGCCUGUAGGUCAGACUUCACAAAGGGCCUAGCUGCCAGGCUGAACUCGGUCACAUCAAUAACAGGACGACAGUAACACAACGAAGUAAAGCCUGUAGGUCAGACUUCACAAAGGGCCUAGCUACCAGGCUGAACUCGGUCACAUCAAUAACAGGACGACAGUAACACAACGAAGUAAAGCCUGUAGGUCAGACUUCACAAAGGGCCUAGCUGCCAGGCUGAACUCGGUCACAUCAAUAACAGGACGACAGUAACACAACGAAGUAAAGCCUGUAGGUCAGACUUCACAAAGGGCCUAGCUGCCAGGCUGAACUCGGUCACAUCAAUAACAGGACGACAGUAACACAACGAAGUAAAGCCUGUAGGUCAGGCUUCACAAAGGGCCUAGCUGCCAGGCUGAACUCGGUCACAUCAAUAACAGGACGACAGUAACACAACGAAGUAAAGCCUGUAGGUCAGACUUCACAAAGGGCCUAGCUGCCAGGCUGAACUCGGUCACAUCAAUAACAGGACGACAGUAACACAACGAAGUAAAGCCUGUAGGUCAGGGAUCACAAAGGGCCUAGCUGCCAGGCUGAACUCGGUCACAUCAAUAACAGGACGACAGUAACACAACGAAGUAAAGCCUGUAGGUCAGGGAUCACAAAGGGCCUAGCUGCCAGGCUGAACUCGGUCACAUCAAUAACAGGACGACAGUAACACAACGAAGUAAAGCCUGUAGGUCAGACUUCACAAAGGGCCUAGUUGCCAGGCUGAACUCGGUCACAUCAAUAACAGGACGACAGUAACACAACGAAGUAAAGCCUGUAGGUCAGGGAUCACAAAGGGCCUAGCUACCAGGCUGAACUCGGUCACAUCAAUAACAGGACGACAGUAACACAACGAAGUACAGCCUGUAGGUCAGACUUCACAAAGGGCCUAGCUGCCAGGCUGAACUCGGUCACAUCAAUAACAGGACGACAGUAACACAACGAAGUACAGCCUGUAGGUCAGGGAUCACAAAGGGCCUAGCUGCCAGGCUGAACUCGGUCACAUCAAUAACAGGACGACAGUAACACAACGAAGUAAAGCCUGUAGAUCAGGGAUCAUCAAAUAGAUUCAGCCACCGGAUGGUGUUUUUCCUUCAGCAGAAGUUCAGGGGGCCGGAACAUAAUUAUAAAUCAUUUGUAGACGGCAAAUUGACUGCAAGAAACCGAAACGGAUGUAAUAUUUGACAAAUAUAUAAUAAUUUAGAACCUUGCUUACAUUUGUAAACCCUCGCAUAUAUAUCGCUCUUAUGUGUGGGAAUACUUGAACUAAAUGAAAAUCACUUGGAGCUGAUUUCCUGGUGUUUGUACAGUCUUUUAUGUUCAACAAUAGCAAUUCUACAAAAAGUAAAAUAAAAUAAAAAAAAUGAUAUAUAAUUUUCUUUAUUUUUUAUGUUUUUAUAUAUAUAUAAUUAUAUAAUUUUGGGGUUGAGAAAAGUUGGGGGGGCCAAAUAAAAGGGUCUGUCAGUUGGGGAACCCUGCUAGACACCAUGCCGACUAGAGGUGGAGCGUAUCACUGUUAUCUAUGUAAAGGCCUUUAAUGUGGAGUAUCACUGUUAUCUAUGUAAAGGCCUUCAAUGUGGAGUAUCACUGUUAUCUAUGUAAAGGUCUUCAAUGUGGAGUAUCACUGUUAUCUAUGUAAAGGCCUUCAAUGUGGAGUAUCACUGUUAUCUAUGUAAAGGCCUUCAAUGUAGAGUAUCACUUAUCUAUGUAAAGGCCUUCAAUGUGGAGUAUCACUGUUAUCUAUGUAAAGGUCUUCAAUGUGGAGUAUCACUGUUAUCUAUGUAAAGGCCUUCAAUGUGGAGUAUCACUGUUAUCUAUGUAAAGGCCUUCAAUGUGGAGUAUCACUGUUAUCUAUGUAAAGGCCUUCAAUGUGGAGUAUCACUGUUAUCUAUGUAAAGGUCUUCAAUGUGGAGUAUCACUGUUAUCUAUGUAAAGGCCUUCAAUGUGGAGUAUCACUGUUAUCUAUGUAAAGGUCUUCAAUGUGGAGUAUCACUUAUCUAUGUAAAGGUCUUCAAUGUGGAGUAUCACUGUUAUCUAUGUAAAGGUCUUCAAUGUGGAGUAUCACUGUUAUCUAUGUAAAGGUCUUCAAUGUAGAGUAUCACUGUUAUCUAUGUAAAGGCCUUCAAUGUGGAGUAUCACUGUUAUCUAUGUAAAGGCCUUCAAUGUGGAGUAUCACUGUUAUCUAUGUAAAGGUCUUCAAUGUGGAGUAUCACUGUUAUCUAUGUAAAGGCCUUCAAUGUGGAGUAUCACUGUUAUCUAUGUAAAGGUCUUCAAUGUGGAGUAUCACUGUUAUCUAUGUAAAGGCCUUCAAUGUGGAGUAUCACUGUUAUCUAUGUAAAGGCCUUCAAUGUGGAGUAUCACUGUUAUCUAUGUAAAGGUCUUCAAUGUGGAGUAUCACUGUUAUCUAUGUAAAGGCCUUCAAUGUGGAGUAUCACUAUUAUCUAUGUAAAGGUCUUCAAUGUGGAGUAUCACUGUUAUCUAUGUAAAGGUCUUCAAUGUGGAGUAUCACUGUUAUCUAUGUAAAGGUCUUCAAUGUGGAGUAUCACUGUUAUCUAUGUAAAGGCCUUCAAUGUAGAGUAUCACUUAUCUAUGUAAAGGCCUUCAAUGUGGAGUAUCACUGUUAUCUAUGUAAAGGUCUUCAAUGUGGAGUAUCACUGUUAUCUAUGUAAAGGUCUUCAAUGUGGAGUAUCACUGUUAUCUAUGUAAAGGCCUUCAAUGUGGAGUAUCACUAUUAUCUAUGUAAAGGUCUUCAAUGUGGAGUAUCACUGUUAUCUAUGUAAAGGUCUUCAAUGUGGAGUAUCACUGUUAUCUAUGUAAAGGUCUUCAAUGUGGAGUAUCACUGUUAUCUAUGUAAAGGUCUUCAAUGUGGAGUAUCACUGUUAUCUAUGUAAAGGCCUUCAAUGUGGAGUAUCACUGUUAUCUAUGUAAAGGCCUUUAAUGUGGAGUAUCACUGUUAUCUAUGUAAAGGCCUUUAAUGUGGAGUAUCACUGUUAUCUAUGUAAAGGCCUUCAAUGUGGAGUAUCACUGUUAUCUAUGUAAAGGCCUUCAAUGUGGAGUAUCACUGUUAUCUAUGUAAAGGUCUUCAAUGUGGAGUAUCACUGUUAUCUAUGUAAAGGUCUUCAAUGUGGAGUAUCACUGUUAUCUAUGUAAAGGUCUUCAAUGUGGAGUAUCACUAUUAUCUAUGUAAAGGCCUUCAAUGUGGAGUAUCACUGUUAUCUAUGUAAAGGCCUUUAAUGUGGAGUAUCACUGUUAUCUAUGUAAAGGCCUUCAAUGUGGAGUAUCACUGUUAUCUAUGUAAAGGCCUUCAAUGUGGAGUAUCACUGUUAUCUAUGUAAAGGCCUUCAAUGUGGAGUAUCACUGUUAUCUAUGUAAAGGCCUUUAAUGUGGAGUAUCACUUAUCUAUGUAAAGGCCUUCAAUGUGGAGUAUCACUGUUAUCUAUGUAAAGGUCUUCAAUGUGGAGUAUCACUGUUAUCUAUGUAAAGGUCUUCAAUGUAGAGUAUCACUGUUAUCUAUGUAAAGGCCUUCAAUGUGGAGUACAGCCUAUGAUUGAAGGAAGGAAGGCCUCAAUUCAGUUCAGUAGUCAGGAAGCGAAUUGGAAUGCUGAUUCAAAGAUUUGAAAAGUGCCAUCUAGUAUUUUCAAUUAGGAUUU